AUGGAAAAACAACAGUUUGUCGAAGAACCGGAGUCUUUUGAUUCAUCUAAAGAUACUCCAAUCGGUGGUGGUGACUUGAGUAAAAUGAAAACACCAUAUUACUCAUAUCACGUUGAUAAGGCUAUUAAAAGUGUUGAUUCUCAUUAUUGGGCUAGACGUUCCUCUCAUAAAGCACCAAUUAUUCCACCUGAAAAAUCUCAACGGGAACAUUUAUUUUCUGAUUUUUGUGAUGUAAAGUCUCUAAUGGUUCCAGAAGAAGUGUUCGAUCAACAAGUUGCGAGUGAAUUGGAAGACCUUUAUACUCGUUUUCAUAAAUGUCUUGAAUUGCGUGACAAAUAUAUGGAAUUAUCAUUGCAAAGGUUAGGUGAUAAUCCUAAAGAUCAUGAUACUUGGAAUAUUUAUCCUCCUCCGCCACAACCUACAUGGAAAUCAUUAUCAAACAACCGAUCAUUUUCGGAUGAUUCAGUAUCAUCUUCAUACUAUAAAAACGAAAAGAAAGGAGUUGGUGAAAACUUUGAGUUUGAUAAAUGCGAAAUUCCUGGAGAACAUGAGUAUAAUUUCAAAUUAAAUGAAAGUGGUAUUUAUAAUGUCUAUGAAACACAAGAAGAUCUUGAUAAUAAUCGCUCAGCCUACGAGGUGCCAAGUGUCAAGGAUUAUUUUAUGGAUCUUGAGUGUAUCUUAGAAACGAUCUCCGAUGGUCCAGCAAAAAGUUAUGCAUAUAAGAGAUUGUGUUAUUUGGAAAGUAAAUGGAACAUGUAUUCAUUAUUACGAGAAUAUCAGGAAAUUGCUGAUUCAAAGAGCGUUCCACAUAGAGACUUUUAUAAUGUUAGAAAGGUUGAUACCCACGUGCAUUUGUCCUCGUGUAUGAACUCCAAGCAUUUGCUUCGAUUCAUUAAAUCGAAAUUAAAAAAAUUUCCAAAAGAUGAGGUUAUUUUCAGAGACAACAAAGUGCUUACCCUCGAACAAGUUUUUAAGAGUUUGAAAUUGUCUGCGUAUGAGCUCAGCAUUGACACUUUAGAUAUGCAUGCUCAUACAGAUUCGUUCCAUCGAUUUGAUAAAUUUAACUUGAAAUAUAAUCCAAUCGGAGAAUCUCAGGUGAUUUCGGACUUGGAAGCAAGCAAGUACCAAAUGGCAGAAUACCGUAUUUCUAUUUAUGGACGUUCCAAAUCUGAAUGGGACAAACUUGCAAAAUGGAUCAUAGAUAAUAAAAUAAUAUCACCAAAUGUACGUUGGUUAAUACAAAUACCAAGACUUUAUAGUGUCUACAAGGAAACAGUAACUGUUGAAUGUUUUGAAUGUGUGAUCAAAAACAUAUUCGAACCUUUGUACGAGGUUACCAAGGACCCUAGGUCUCAUCCCGAAUUACACGUUUUCCUUCAACGUGUGGUAGGAUUUGAUAGUGUUGAUGAUGAAUCUAAAGCUGAACGUCGUAUACACAAAAAAUAUCCAUGUCCCAAAGAAUGGAAUACUAGCCUUAAUCCACCAUAUUCGUAUUAUUUAUAUUACAUGUUUGCAAAUAUGAUCAGUUUAAAUCAAUGGAGAAAGAUCCGAGGCUUUAAUACAUUUGUCCUUCGACCUCAUGCUGGUGAAGCCGGUGAUACCGAUCAUUUAACUUCUGCUUUCCUGACAUCGCAAUCCAUAUCUCAUGGUAUCUUGUUACGCAAAGUCCCUGCAUUACAAUAUCUUUAUUAUCUUAAACAAAUUGGAAUUGCUAUGUCGCCUCUAUCAAACAACGCGUUAUUUUUGAAUUAUGAGAGAAAUCCAUUGUUGAGUUUCUUUAAAAAAGGGUUAAAUGUAAGUUUAAGUACAGAUGACCCAUUACAAUUUCAUUACACAAAGGAACCAUUGAUUGAAGAAUAUAGCGUCGCCGCUCAGAUCUGGAAGUUAUCAGCUUCCGAUAUGUGUGAACUUGCGCGCAAUUCAGUUGUGCAAAGUGGAUUCGAAAUUGCAGUCAAGAGACAUUGGUUAGGAAGUGAUUGUCACUCUGGACCAGAAGGAAAUGAUAUUAAUAAAACGAAUGUUCCUCUUAUCAGGAUGAAGUUUCGUCAUGAUACUUUAAAAGGAGAAUUUGACAUGGUUGAAAAAUAUUCAAAAAUCAAGAAACCUAUUGUAUUUCCGGGAAUUAUGAUUCAAAAUGAUGAAAAAAUUCAUAAUACAGUUACAGAUAGGAUUAUCAGUGAUAACGCACCCUCAACACCUGGGGGUAGCAAUAAAUCAGUCUUUCCAGAUAUUAAUGUUGGUAUCAUACCUGGCGUAGCAAUGUUUGCAGAAAAAGAAAAGGCCAAUAAAAAAAAUAAAACUUCGAAUAGAUAA